UUGGGCUUGUUGCAAGAGCAAAGGGACAAGCCCUUUUAGCCAUAAGAGAGCCUGGCUUUUCCCCACGUGAUCAGUCUUUGACUCUGUUGAACCACUGUUAAAUAUUGGCUAUUUCCAGGAUUUUGUAAUCAAUUUGCAGGCAUUGACAAAUAUUUGGUUUUCUGUCUGAGUUUCUGAUUCAUGUUUCACUGAACUAAUUGUAAGACUGCAUGAUCUUGUGCAUUCCUGCUGAUGUGCAUUAGUCUUUAACAAUGGGGAGACGUCUGCUGUUUUAUAUUCUGCUGGCAGUGAUUCCUGCUGUUGGAUCAUAUGAUUUUUUAAUAAGUAAUGUCAGGAAUAUCAAGAAGAGAAAUGUUGCUGAUACUAACACAGAUGGCAUUGACAUCUAUAGCAUGAACAUUGAUUCUCGUAUUACCUCUCGAUUUGCUCAUAAUACCAUCACCAGUCGAGCCAUCAACCGCGGCAAUGUGUCUAUGGAAGCCUUCUUUGAUGUGGAGCUCCCAAAGACAGCCUUCAUCACAAACUUCGCCAUGAUAAUUGAUGGUGUCACAUAUCCAGGAACUAUAAAGGAAAAAGAAGCUGCUCAGAAACAAUACCAACAAGCAGUUUCAAGAGGACAGACAGCUGGUCUAGUAAAGGCUUCUGGGAGGAAGACAGAAAAAUUCACUGUUUCAGUCAAUAUUGCAGCAGCCAGCGAAGUGGUUUUUGAGUUGAUCUUUGAGGAGCUGUUGAAGCGAAGAUUUGGCUAUUAUGAGAUGUUCAUAAAAGUCAACCCAAAGCAACUUGUCAAGAACUUUGAGAUUGAGGUCAACAUCUUUGAACCCCAGGGCAUCAGUUACCUGGAAGCUGAAGGCUCAUUCAUCACCAAUGACUUGUUACCAGUCAUACAGAAGUCUUUGUCAGGAAAAAAGGGCCGUGUGUCUUUCAAACCAACACUUGAUCAACAACGGACCUGUGUAAACUGUCUAACAACCCUACUGAAUGGAGAUUUUAUCAUAAAGUAUGAUGUGAACAGAGAAGCUCCAGGUGAUAUACAGAUUGUCAAUGGAUACUUUGUACACUUUUUUGCACCCAAAAAUAUUUUACGCUUGCCUAAGAACAUUGUUUUUAUCAUAGAUGUCAGCAUCUCCAUGAGCGGACGAAAACUAGAACAGACAAAAGAAGCACUGCUAAAAAUAUUAGAAGAUAUAAAAGAAGAGGACCACUUGAAUUUUGUAUUGUUUGGAAGUGAUGUACACAAAUGGAAAAACACCUUAAUCAAAGCCACUCCUGAGAAUCUGCAAGAAGCAAGGAAUUAUGUUCAGCAGAUUCAUAUAGCUGGAUGGACAAAUCUUAAUGGUGGCUUACAGACCGGUAUUCAGAUGCUGAAUGAGGCUCAUAAAAAUGGCUCUUUGCCUGAAAGAAGUGCUUCUUUAAUUAUUAUGUUAACAGAUGGCAGACCCACUAAAGGAGAAUUAAAUAAUGACGUCAUUUUAGAAAAUGUCAGAAAUGCAAUUCAAGGAAAAUAUCCUUUAUAUAAUCUUGGGUUUGGCUAUGAUCUGGACUAUGGGUCUUUAGAGAAGAUGGCAUCAGAGAACAACGGAUUGGCUCGGCGUAUCUAUGAAGAUUCCGAUUCUGCUUUGCAGCUGCAGGGCUUUUAUGACGAAGUGGCCAAUCCCUUACUUACUGAAGUGGAGUUACAGUACCCAGAAAAUGCCGUCUCUGAUCUGACUCAAAAUCAUUUUAAACACUACUACGAUGGCUCUGAAAUUGUUGUGGCUGGACGCAUCGUAGACGAUGACCUCAACAGUAUCACUGCAGAUGUGAAAGCUCGUGGGGCUGAAGAUGACCUAACUUUCUCUGAGCAAUCAGAUAUUAAUGAAACAGCCAAAGUUUUUGAAGAGCAGAAGUACAUAUAUGGGGACUACACUGAAAAACUCUGGGCUUACCUAACCAUUCAACAGCUUUUGGAAAAACGGAAUUCAGCAAAGGGAGAUGAAAAGGUAAAUCUUACUGCCAAAGCCCUGGAGAUGUCUCUGAAAUAUAAGUUUGUGACUCCUCUGACAUCCAUGGUGGUCACAAAGCCAGAAGACAAUAUUGAUAAAGCUGCACUUGCUGACAAGCCACUAGAAGCUGAGGCUACUCGACAAUCUGCGCCCACUUACCCAUCAUACAGCUCACCAGGGCCUUCUCACGGGUAUACAAGUGUUGAUGGUGAUCCACAUUUCAUCAUAGACAUACCACAAAAGGAUGAUGCUCUUUGCUUUAACAUUUAUGAAGAUCCAGGGAAAAUUUUAAAUCUAAUCCGGGACCCAAGUACAGGUAUUACUGUCAAUGGACAGCUGAUUGGAAAUAAGAUGAGCAACAAUGAUGCCCAGCCACAGAAUAGUUAUAUUGGUAGACUUGGGAUUCACAGUGAAGAACUGAAUUUAAAACUUGAAGUAACUCCUGAGAAAAUCAUUCUACACAAUGGCACAAAGCAGAUGACAUUCACAUGGCUGGAUGAAGUUACCUUACUACAUCCCACUUUGACUUUGAAAAUUAUCCGAAAGAAGAGUUUGGAAGUAUCUAUGGGAGAAGGAGCAACAUUUGUAAUAAUUUUACAUCAAAGUUGGCGGAAAAACCCAAAACAUGGAGAUUUUCUAGGGUUCUAUACAUUGGACAGUCACAGACUAUCUGAACGUACCCAUGGCUUAUUAGGUCAGUUUUUUCAUCCAAUUGACUUUACCAUACUUGAGGUCCAUCCUGGAUCUAGUCCUGAGAAACCAGAUGCUACCAUGAUUGUUAAAAAUCACCAACUGACAGUCACCAGGGGAUGGCAAAAAGACUACACAGAAGAUUCAAGGCACGGCACAAAUAUUCCAUGUUGGUUUAUUCACAAUAAUGGAGAAGGACUGAUUGAUGGCACAUACAUUGAUUAUAUAGUCUCUAGUCUGUUUUAGUCAAACGGAUUUAACUACGGCUAUGGCAUUUUGAAAUAAUAAAAUAUCAUUAUUUCAUGCCACGUGCCCAAUGACUGCAAAAUCAUAAUAAAUCAUAUUUUCUCCUCUUUAGUAAAGUACUGCUAUCCUAUAUACAUACAUACAUAUACAUAUACAUAUACAUAUACAUAUACAUAUACAUAUACAUAUACAUAUAUAUAUAUAUAUAUCUCAUAAAUCACCAAAUAAUUUGCAAAACUCAUGAGCUAUCAUGGCUUCCAUUCCUUUCAUUAAUUACAGGGCAGAUGUCUCUCUUUUUAAUAUUAACUCUGAUAGUUUCUUCUCUAGUUAAAUGAAACAAAAUAUAAUGUUAGGAAAAGAUUUUUAAAAAUAUGUUAGGAAUCUUAGAAAAUUGUGUAUAACAUCUUAGAAAAUUUUGUAUAAUAUUUCCAACUGCUAUUAAAAUUUGUGCUACAAGAUUUUCAAAUAAGUGUAUGUGUGCUUGUGCAUAUUCUAUACAUACUAGCUAAUCAUCAUCUAAUAAUAAUAAUAAUUUCUUACAUUUCAAGGCUCAGUACAAAUCAAAAAGAUACAUAAUUAUAAAAUCCAAUCCAAUAAAAUUAGUUUACAACUUAACAGCCAAACCUAAACAAAUAUUAACAACAAACCAAACAUAACAACUGUACAUAUUUAAAACAGUGCCUUGCAAUACAACCAAGCACAUAUAAAUCCAUAUAUAUAUCCACAAUUAAAAUUAAAACAACCAGGAUUGUAGGGAGAAAUAAUGGCAGACAAAUCCUGAAUGGGGUGAGGGUUCCUAACACAAUGACUGGUAAUUUAACUGGGGCUCUGGUUUAGAGAAGGAACCAAUGACGAGCACUGUAAUAUGCAGAUAGUCCUUGCUUAGCAACCACAAUUGGGACUGGCGAGUCUGUUGCUAAGCAAAACAUCAUGUGACCACAACAGGCUUACGAUCUACUUCUGUGAUGUCAUUAAGCGAAUCACUGCAGGUUGUUAAGCGAGAUAUCACAUGACCGUGACUUGUGAUAUUAUUGCUAGCUUCUCUAUUGACUCUGCUUGUUGGAAGCCAGUUGUAAAGCAUGUGGAUGGCAAUCACAUGACCAUGGAAUACUACGACUGUCGUAAAAAUAAGGACUGGUCAUAAAGUGACUUUUUCAGUGCCGUCAUAGCUUUGAAUGGUUGCUAAACAAGGGAGUUGGUAAGCAAGGUCUACCUGCAAUGACAUAAGACUUGCCAAAAGGCACUGUUCUGAAUCAAGAUUAUGGGAUGGAGAGAGGAAUUGGGAGCACCUGCCAGGAGACUAUUGCAGUCAUACAGGCAUGAAACAACCAAGGCAUGCACCAAUAAAGCAGUAGCCUCCUCCAUUACAUCCUACAAAUACUCAUCAAAUGCCAAUAGGCAUGAUGGAACACCCAAUCAGGUGUACCUAACAGAAGAGCCAGUCCGAAGGUUCUCAGGAUGUGCCUGUUGAUGGUGCAUAUCCUUUCAAACUGCAAGUGCCAUGUGAGUAAUCAAAUGUUGGAAAGCUUUUUCGUAUAAAAAGUAUCAGGCAUACAAACCUAAUAUUUGAUGAACUGGUCAUCUAUAUCACUCUGCUAAAGAGAUAGGAAGAUUUUACCAUGCAUAGAAUACAAGGAAAUUCUAAAAUGUUCUCACCAUUUUGUCAGAGGAUAAAUUUCUUUGAAGCACUUUUCAGUAGGAAUUAUGACACUUGUGUGACUUGUAUAGCUUUCAACAUCAUGUUUAUGUACCUGUAAUGAAUAUGAGAUUGUAGGAGAAGAUCCCAUGAUCAAUCAAUAAACCAAUGAAUACAAC